UAUUUUCUCAAAACCCCAACAGAAUCUGAAGAUUUUGAAUGGCGUUUACUUCAUUUGUGAAAGGAAGCACAGCCUCCGAAAGAUGCAACUAAAAAUGCUGCAAGCCCAUCAUUUCCAUCCUUCCUCCUUCCCUUUCUCUCUCUCACACCGUCUUCAAAAACCAAACCUUCUCUUCAAACCCACCAUUUCUCUUCCACUACUGCCCAAACCCAGACCCAGGGUUUUACCAUGUCUCGCCCAAGUCCAAGAAUCCACCACCACUACAGCUUCUCCACCCCCUGAAGAGGGUCCUAUCGAGCUUACUCAAUCCAUUUUUGCCACCUCAGAUGAACCUUCUCCUCUCCAAGUGGCCACCAGUGUUCUUCUCACUGGUGCCAUCGGUGUCUUCCUCUUUCGUUCUCUUAGAAAACGAGCUAAGCGGGCUAAAGAACUGAAAUUUAGGUCUUCGGGGGUGCAGAAAUCAUUGAAAGAGGAAGCGUUAGAUAACUUGAAAGCAUUGGGGUCAGCUUCAGUUGGAGCGAAGUCCCCACCUUCACCUGGUCAGGCAUUGUUGGGUGGAUUAGCAGCUGGUGUCAUUGCCCUCAUUCUUUAUAAGUUCACCACAACUAUAGAGGCAGCUCUCAACCGCCAGACAAUUUCAGAUAAUUUUUCGGUUCGGCAGAUAACAAUUACUAUAAGGACAAUUAUAAAUGGAUUGUGCUACCUUGCGACUUUUGUUUUUGGCAUCAACUCUAUUGGUUUGCUCCUUUAUAGUGGCCAGCUUACCAUUAAUUCCUUCAUGGAAGAUUCUAGCGGCAAAGAUGAAGAGAAUAGAGAUGAACAGAUGUCCAGUUCACUGGCUGAGAAUCCCACAGAAUUAAAUAGCAGCAAGGAGGAUCAAAGCUCAGAUAAUUCACAGUAAAAGAUGGGAAUUCAAAAACAAUGUAGAUCAGAGAUUUUUCUGUACUCUUUUGUACCAAAGAAAAAAUAAAUCAAAAUAUUUUGUUAUGUUUUA